GUUACCACCACGUAACUAUAGCAACGAACAUGACGGUUGUAUCUAUUGAUAGUAAAGUAAGUUUUGUAAGGGAUGUGCUGACCAGAGAUUUGAAGAUUUUGGUGGCUGUACAGUAAGUUUGACGCCUUGUGAUAUUAAUAUUAAGUUCGAAUCAUGGCAACGGCAAGGUGCAGAGUGUGUUUGCAAACGGAAAGUAAACAGGUGUCGUUCUAUGCUGGAAUACUGUUGGACGGAAAGGUGUUUCAGGUUAGGAAGCUGGUGAAAUAUUGUUGCAAUUUGGAAAUUUCAGACAACGAUGGGAAACCGCAAUGGAUUUGCGAAAAAUGUUUAGUAGAGGGCGUGACGUGCUACAAAUUUUUGUACAGGAUCAGGGAGUCUGAUAAGAUCCUGGAGAAUGAGAUGAAUGAGAAGUUGAAUAACUUUCCUCAAAAUGAGGUGAACAUUACUGAAGAGGAAGUUGACAUUAAAGUUGAAUGUCCAGACAGCGACAGUGAUCUGGAUCUGAAGGAUCCCGAUUACGACAAUUCGAUUUGUAACGAGGAUCCGGAUGAUUACGCCUUUGAGCCGGAAGCGACAAAUUCCAAUCACAACGACGAAGAUACGCAGACAAUCAAGAAACGUUACAUGUGCCUGCAGUGCGGCAAAAAGUUCUUUUACAAAUUGCACCUGAAGAUUCACGCCCAGACGCACACUGCCUCGAAUAAAUGCGAUACUUGCGGCUUAGGGUUUGCUUCUGUCAGCAGUUUGAACGAGCACAAACGAUUGCACGUUAUCACCGAUAAACCUUACAAAUGCCCGGAAUGUCACAAACCCUAUAAACACUACAGCAGCUUGAAGUUUCACAUGGAAGGACACAAAAGGUAUACGUGUAUGGAGUGUCUGCAAGGAUUUAAGCACGAAUCCCAUUUGUUGACGCAUACUUUAGCGGAGCAUGGGGUGGCCUGUACAGUUUGCUCGACCAGGGUCAAGGAUAGUAUCGAACUGGCGAAUCAUAUGCACUCGCACACUAAUAGAUGAUUGUAUUAUUGUAAAUCGUUGAUAUGGUUAUAGUUUAAUAAAUUAAUUUUACAUACGACCAUGUUCUGUAGUCCAUCCAUCCAUAAUUAA